AUGCUUUCAGAAUUUGAUAUUCAAUGUGUAAACCAGAAAUCUGUUAAAGGAAGGGCGAUAUCUGAAGCAUUGGCUGAUGGACUAAUAUUAGGAGAUGAAUUUGAUGACAAUUUUCUAGAUGAACAUUUACUCAACAUUGGGAUAUCUAGGUGGAAAAUGUACUUUGAUGGAGCAUUUAAUAGAAGGGGCAAUGGCGCAGGUGUUUUGCUCAUUGAUCCUUAUGGAAUUCAUAUCCCUUUUGCUGUGAAGCUGAGUUUUCCAACAACAAACAACAUGGCAGAAUACGAAGCUUGCAUUUAUGGUGUUAAGUUCAUUCCGUACUUCGAAGAUAUUAACUUCAAGCAUCUUCCCCGAGAGCAAAAUAGUUUUACCGAUGCGCUAGCAAACUUAGCGGUAAAUUUAACAUGGGAAAACAACGUAAAAAUUCGAGCUGUGACUAUUGAGGAAAAUGAUUCACCGGUAGUCAACCUUGAACAUAUGAUUGCUGCAUUGACUUUGCAAGAUGAUAAAUAUGCCUGUUGGGGUAUAGAUAUCAUCGGACAAAUUCACCCAAACGCCUCGAACGGGCAUCAAUACAUUCUGGUUUCUAUUGACUAUUUCUCGAAAUGGAUUGAAGCAGCGUCAUAUGUAAAGCUAGGGGAAAAGCAAGUCUCCAAGUUUGUGAUCAACAACAUCAUAUGUCGCUACGGAGUGCCUUUUGAAAUUAUUUCUGACAACGGCUCUCACUUCGAAGGACACUUAAAAGAAACUCUUGAGAAAUAUAAGGUCAGACAUCAUCAGUCUUCCCCUUAUCGUCCUCAGACCAAUGGAGCAGUUGAAGUUGCCAACAAAACCAUUCGAACGAUAAUUGCAAAAAUGACCGAGAAAACCCGAGAAUGGCCUGAAAAAUUCCCAUAUUCCCUUUGGGGGUAUAUGAUUUCUAUUCGGACUCCAACAGGGACUACUGCGUAUUCUCUAGUAUAUGGAAUGGAACCUGUCCUUCCCGUGGAAAUCGAAAUUCAAUCACUUCGGGUUAUGAAUGAAAGCGAGAUAUCCGAAGAUCAAUGGUGCAAGGUUCGGUACGACGAGCUGACCCUAGUAGACGAACGAAGAUUGGAAGCCUUAAACAACAUCCAACUUUAUCAACGACGUAUCGCGCGAGCUUUCAAUAAAAGAGUUCGAGAUAGGGGCAUUCAAGAAGGGAUAUAG